AUGGUCUUUCUUGCAAAUUUUGCUAUUUUCUCGGAAGUUAUGUCGGCAAAAAGUUCUGACCUUUCAACUCUUAACCUCUGCCACUUAAUCUGGGCAACUAUAGUGUUUUGUAAAACACUAUAG